CAUGUGGGUAGGAGGUUCUGUGCAUGGAUUCCAUAGAGCUGCUUUCUAUCUCUCUGCUAAGGUUGCGCAGAGAUCUCGAUGCAGAGGACGGUGGUGGUCGCUGGAGGGGGCAUUAGUGGUCUGACAGCCUGCUACCACCUCGUUAAGGAUGUCACUGUAUCAAAGGUCAUACUGCUGGAGUCAAGCAGUCGGCUUGGGGGAUGGAUGCACUCUACACGUUCAGACGAUGGUGCCACGUUUGAACAUGGACCCAGGGGCAUUCGACCAGCGGGAGCGGUGGGCAAAAACACAUUGUGCAUGGUAUCGGAGUUAGGUUUGGAGAAGAAAAUUCUCCCAGUCCUGAGGAACCAUCCAGCUUCCAAGAAUCGUUACCUAUAUGUCAACAAGACACUACACAAACUGCCUUCCAGUAUAGGUGGGGUGUUACGAACCAUCCCUCCAUUUACCAAGCCUUUGUUCACUUGUGGCCUCCGUGACUUUGUGGCUCCCAGAGGUACCACUGAAGAUGAAAGUAUCCACGACUUUAUCACAAGGCGCUUUGGCAAAGAGCUCGCUGACAUUGUGAUAGACAGUCUCUGCCGCGGGGUGUUUGCCGGUGACUCUCGAGCUCUGAGCCUGCGUGCUUGCUUCCCUUUUUUAUAUGAAGCCGAACGCAAAAAGAGAUCCGUCAUUCUGGGAAUGGCAACAGGAGGAGAUAAGCGCCCUCAGCCGGACUCUGAGCUCAUCAGAAGGUCCACACAGGAGAAGUGGAGUCAGUGGUCACUGCAGGAUGGAUUACAGACUCUCUCAGAAGCCCUGGAGGAUUUUAUAAUCCAGAAGGGGGUAGAAGUUCACAAGCACACGCCAGUGAAAGCCCUUGAGAGGACCGCGGACAACCGAUGGAAGAUCCUACUACCAGAGGGCAGCAUUACAGCCGAUCAUCUGUUCAGCUCUCUCCCUGCAAAAGUUCUAAGCCAGUUGCUUCCUCCAUCUGCCAAGCCUAUGGCAGCCGAUCUCUGCAAGAUCUCAUCCGCCACGGUGGCUGUGGUGAAUUUGGAAUAUGAUGGAGAUGUCAUGCCAGUUUCAGGUUUUGGACAUCUAAUCCCAUCAUUUGAAGACCCUGUUUUACUGGGGAUCGUUUACGAUUCGCUUGCAUUUCCAGAACAUAACCGGAGGGGAUCAAAGUCCACAAGACUCACGGUGAUGCUCGGAGGCGCUUGGUUUGAAAGGGUCUUGGGUGACCCUGAUACAGUGUCUGCAGAAAAACUCUUGCAUCUGGCAAAAGAAGCGGCAAAAGAACAGUUGGGAAUUCAAGGGACGCCAAGCAGAGCCAUCGUAAACUUGAACAAGUCCUGUAUCCCUCAGUAUACAGUGGGGCACCAUAAACGGACAGAAAGCAUCUUCCACUUUAUCAAGCACCACAACCUGCCUCUCAGCCUCAUCGGAGCAUCGUACGAGGGCGUCUCUGUUAAUGACUGUAUUUACAAUGCCAGAAAAUCUGUACAACGCCUCUUUGGCAAGCCGAAAGAUUAGAAUCGUAGCCUGGCUUGGCCCAAAGACAUGGUCCUGUGUUACUGGUCAACUCAUUCACACAGAGCCAUCAACACUGAAUGGAUGGAUUUCAACAAACUUCUUAUGAGAUUUUAUUGUAUCAAUCAGUUAGGGGAACCUUUAAACCAUUGCAGAGCAGUUCUGAGGCCAAGGCCAGGCAACAGCAGGAGCAACAAAACAUGCACCCCGAUAGUCCUGACCCCCAUCUCUCUAUUUAA